CGGCAGGAGCAGCUGCGAGAGCCGCGGGCAGGAGCUGAGCUGCUGCUGCAUCCGCAUCCUGAAGCGGCAGCCGCGGGCGGGAGCAUGACAGCCGGGCGGCCGGGCAGCGGCGGCGGGGGCGCCGGCUCUUCUCCCUCCUGCAGCCACGGCUGAGCCCGGCGCCGCCGCCGCCCCCGGAGCCAGCAGGCAGGCUUGGUCCACUGACUCCUCACCAAGAUGCCAUUGGUGAAGCGUAAUAUCGAGCCCCGCCAUCUGUGCCGGGGGGCCCUUCCGGAUGGGGUGACCAGUGAGUUGGAGUGUGUGACCAACAGCACUUUGGCUGCCAUUAUUAAACAGUUGGGAAGCCUCAGUAGACAUGCUGAAGAUAUUUUUGGAGAACUCUUCAACGAAGCCAAUAGCUUUUAUUUGCGGAUGAACUCCUUGCAGGAACGGGUGGAUCUUUUGGUGAUCAAGGUUACUCAGCUGGAUUCCACGGUGGAAGAAGUCUCCCUGCAGGAUAUCAACAUGCGGAAAGCUUUCAAGAGCUCUACCAUCCAGAACCAGCAGGUGGUGUCGCGCAAUUCGAUCCCUAAUCCCGUGAUGGAGAUGUACCAGCGUUGUGAUAAGCCUCCGCCCUUGAAUAUCCUCACUCCGUACAGAGACGAUAAGAAAGACGGCUUAAAAUUCUAUACGGACCCGUCAUAUUUCUUUAACUUGUGGAAAGAGAAGAUGUUGCAAGCCACAGAAGACAAGAGGAAAGAGAAACGCAGGCAGAAGGAGCAGCGACUGGUUGAGGAUUCCACCCGGGAGGUGAAGAAAGUGCGGAAGGCACGCAACCGGCGGCUGGAGUGGAACAUGAUGGCUUACGAUAAAGAAUUCCGGCCGGAUAACAGGUUCUCACCAUCCCCAUAUCACAUGGCUUCAUCGGAAGGAUCACUGUCCCCAGAUAAUAGAUCCUAUGCAUCCGAUGUAGCUGAUCAUUCCUAUCCAGCCAGUCCUAACCAUCCUGGCCAACAGAUGAUGGCUCCAGCCACACAUCUGGCCACCGAGAACAAAGAGGUGGUGCUGGUGGCUACUCAGGUCCAGGAUCAGAUCUUCAGGCCCUCAGCAGUGGGAAGCCGACAGAACAGCCUCAACCGGGUACAGCAGCCCCAUGUGCCACAGCCACCCGAGACCAUGUUAAAUGGACCACGGCCUCAGAUAAUCAAGGACUAUGGUCCUCAACCAAUGCCAAUGGCAGACUACUUUGUGCCACCUGCUCCUCCGCCCCCACCCCCAGUCAUCCCUUCUGCUCAAACUGCCUUCGACAGCCCCAUCUCAGCACCUUCGGCCAUGGCGCCAAAUGCUGCCCCUUCAGUUAGCCAUGCCACCUAUGCGCCUACCCCUCCCCCUGCUGUGCCCUGCCUCUAUUCUGCCUCUCCCCCCCAGGCUGGCCCCAUGGGACCUCCUGUUGCACCUCCCCCUCCUCCCCCUGGACCCCCCACCAUCUCGGCCUCCCCUGCACACACAGCCUCCCCACCUGCCGUGACGGUGGAAUCCCGGAAGCAGCCGGUGCCCCUGAUUCCAAUGACCGAUGCCAGGAGUGACCUGCUUGCUGCCAUCCGCCGGGGAAUUCAGCUCCGCAAAGUCCAAGAGCAAUGGGAGCAAGAAGCCAAGAAAGAGCCCGUGGGGAAUGACGUGGCCACCAUCCUCUCCCGAAGGAUUGCUGUGGAAUACAGCGAAUCAGACGACGACUCGGAGCUGGAUGAGAACGAGUGGUCCGAUUAAAGAAGGGGGGGCUGCCUUUGGAGCAGUGGGAGGGGGAAGGGAGGUCUCCCAGGUUGUUUUCCUGCCACUUUUCUGCCACCUGGCUUAGGCGACUCAGCGUUCCUGGCAGGUAAAUCCCGGCUGCUCUGAGCAACUCAGCCUUCAGGAGCUUUGCUUUCGUGCCAUGUUGUGUUGUUGACCAUGUUUUAAGGUGGCCUCUUUGUGGGAAGACAGGCAUUGGGGACCCUUCUCUUUUGAAACACAGGGUGGGGGAG